AUGUCAAAGAUUUAUUUGAAGACGUGGAAAGAUAAGAGAGAGAAAGAACCAAACAAGAACCUGUCGUUCAAGGAAAGAUUGAGGAUAAAGCAGCAGAUCAUAGCAGUUAGGCAAGCCAUGCAAACGAAGAUAAAAACACUGAAGACUAAAAAGAAGACGUUCCUCAGAGAACGCCAGAGGCAGAGAGAGGCCAAGGCAAAUGAAAUAAGCAAGAAGGCUUAG